UAUCUAAAGGUAUUAGCUAUGGCUCAAAUUAAAGGUAUUAUCGAUCAAACUCAUCGUAAUCAUGAACUUGAUCAAAUUAAAAAAAUCUAUCAUGGAAAUGCAUCAACUUUACUUUAUCAAAAUCAACAAAACAAUCAGGUUAAUUCUAAUGAGGUUGAACAAACUAAUACUGUUGAUAAAAAUAGAGAGAAUAAAAUUGAUAUAUUAGAACUAGAUGAAAUUAGAAUUAAUAAUAAUAAAACAGAAGAUGAGCGAUUUGAUGAUGAUUGGAAAAAUGGUGAAGAAAAGUCUGUAGCUAAAGCACUUUCAGACUUAGAUAUAUCACCAAAUAUAUUUUUGCAUAAUCAGAGACAUCCUCAGAGAGAUGAAAAUGCAAAAUAG